GUGGGAAAGGUGGGAGAGUCACUCCUGAACAUCAAAGAAGAUUCAUUGUCAAUGGUCUGAAUUUUUAUUUAGAAAAGAAGCACAAGGCAGUUCCCUUCCAGCCCACUCUUCCUUUGUCCUAGAUUUUUGGUGUGCUGGAAGUGGAUUGCAUGUGUUCCCCCUGCCCUGUGCUCCUGGCUUGACCCAGAGAACAAGGAGAAAUGGUGACGACACCCAAUACGACCAGGGUGCUCAUGCCCUUCCGCUGCUAAACCCUUAGUAACUGGAUCCUUUCUUUUCUCUCUGCUCCUUACUUCCCUUUUUCUGUGGUUGUGGGAUUUUGGGUCUUUUUGUUUUUCGGGUUUUUUUUGGGGGGCCUGCUGAGGGUGCCACUGCAGACCAUGAUGUGCCUGGGGUUGUGGGCAGCUGCCCUGCUCUGCUUGUUUUUCCCUGGCACCGUGCAAGGUGACUGCUGGCUGAUUGAGGGGGACAAAGGUUAUGUGUGGCUGGCCAUCUGCAGCCAGAACCAGCCCCCAUAUGAGACCAUCCCCCAGCACAUCAACAGCACGGUGCAUGACUUGCGUCUGAAUGAAAAUAAGCUCAAAGUGGUGCUGUACUCCUCCCUCAACCGCUUCGGCAACCUGACUGAUCUGAACCUGACCAAGAAUGAGAUCUCCUACAUUGAGGAUGGGGCUUUCAUGGGCCAGUCAAACCUCCAGGUCUUGCAGUUGGGCUACAACAAACUCACCAACCUGACAGAGGGCAUGUUGCGGGGCAUGGCCCGGCUCCAGUUCCUCUUUGUGCAGCACAACCUGAUUGAAUUGGUCACCCCUGCUGCCUUCUCCGAGUGUCCCAGCCUGAUUAGCAUUGACCUGUCUUCUAACCGUCUCAGCCGCCUGGAAGGGAACACUUUCACCAGCUUAAGCAAUUUGAUGGUGUGUGAGCUGGCUGGCAACCCCUUCAACUGUGACUGUAGCCUCUACAACUUUCUUAACUGGCUGGCACUCUUCAACAAUGUUACCAAGAACUAUGACCGGCUCCAGUGUGAGACUCCACGGGAGUUUGCUGGGUACCCGCUCCUGGUCCCUCGGCCCCACCACAACCGCAAUGCCAUCACCAUCUUCCAGUCCAUGUGCCGAGGCGGCACCAUCCCUUCCCUGUCCAGGGUCAACCCUACCCCUUAUACCCCUGACUCCCAGCGAGAUCUGGAUGAGGGCUCAGCCAUCAGUCCUGGGGACUUCCUCUCGGUUAAGCCUCCAGCCUCUUCCACCACUGACUCCUCCUUUAGUCCCAGCAUCAAGCUCCAUGAUGUCACCAUCACCUCAGCUAUUCUGAUGGUAACCAUCCCCAUGCCCUACAGUAAGAUGUAUGUGCUGGUCCAAUACAACAACAGCUAUGUUUCUGACAUUGCGACACUGAAGAGCAAGAAGGAAUAUGUCACUGUCAACAAGCUGAAGGCCCACACUGAUUACACUUUCUGUGUGGCCUCCAUCCGCAACAACCGGCGCUACAACCACACUUGUCUGACCUUUGCAACCAGGAGCAAAGGCAGGGAGGACCCUAUCUCCAGCACUUCCACUACAACACACUACAUCAUGACCACCCUGGGUUGCCUCUUUGGGAUGGUCAUUGUCCUUGGGGUGGUGUACUAUUGUCUGCGGAAGCGGAGGAUGCAGGAGGAGAAACAGAAGUCCCUCAAUGUCAAGAAGACCAUCCUAGAAAUGCGUUAUGGAUCAGAUAUUGAUACAAGUACUAUGGUCCACCCUUCCCAGAAGCUGGGUGAGCCACCAGUCAUCCCUGUCUCACGGAUGUCCUCCAUCCCUUCCAUGAUUGGAGAGAAGUUGCCCCCAUCCAAAUCAAUGGAAUCUGGGAUGGAGACCCCUAAAGUCACUACUAAAGGCAACUACAUUGAAGUACGGACUGGUGGUGGGGAUGGGCUGGAACGGACCCAGCGGGAUGAGGAUCUGAGGGAGCUUGACAAUGGGCAAGGCUCAGCUGCUGAGAUCUCUACUAUUGCCAAGGAGGUAGACAAGGUCAACCAGAUCAUUAACAACUGCAUUGAUGCCCUCAAGCUGGACACAGCCUCCUUCCUGGGUGGUGGGACUGGCGUUGACUCAGACAUGGCCUUUGAGUGCCAGUCCAUCCCUGCCAGUUCCUCGGGUGGGCUAGAGCGGCCCAGCUUUCUUUCCCCCUCCUACAAAGAAAGCUCCCACCACCCUUUGCAGCGCCAGCUGAGUGCAGAUGCUGCUGUGGCCAGAAAGACUUGCAGUGUUUCCUCUAGUGGAUCCAUCAAGAGCGCCAAGGUCUUCAGCUUGGAUGUGCCUGACCACCCACCACUGGGCAAGUCUGACUCCAAAUACAUUGAGAAGGGCAGCCCACUCAACAGCCCUUUGGAUCGUCUUCCCUUGGUGUCCCCGGGUGCCAUCCAUCACUUGGAGGUCAAGCCUUCUUACCACUGCAGCGAGCACCGACACUCCUUCCCGGCCCUGUACUAUGAGGAAAGUGCUGACACCUUGAGCCAGCGGGUGUCAUUCCUCAAGCCGCUCUCCCGGUCCAAGCGAGACUCCACGUACUCCCAGCUCUCCCCCAGACACUACUUCUCGGGCUACUCCUCCAGCCCAGAGUACUCGUCAGAGAGCACCCACAAGAUCUGGGAGCGAUUCCGGCCUUACAAGAAGCACCACAGGGAGGAGGUUUACAUGGCGGCUGGGCAUGCCCUGAGAAAGAAAGUCCAAUUUGCCAAGGACGAGGACCUGCAUGACAUCCUGGAUUAUUGGAAAGGAGUCUCUGCUCAGCAGAAGCUGUGACUCUCCCUUGCUCUUUCCAAGAAAACAAUACAAAACAAGAAAUCCCCAAUGACCAGAAAAAAAAUGCCACUUGACUGUGAAAAAUAAACCGACCACAAAAUACUCCUGACAAAUACAAAACUGACAAAGUCAUUUCUUAAAGUUUACAGCAACAACAGAAAACUCACACACACAGACACACACACAUAUUGAAUUGUCUCUACCGUGUUACAGGGACCAUUGUUAAUGCCUGCAGAUGGCUGCAAAGAGCAGCUUGCUCUGAUACUGUGGUAACAACACUUGAGUGUGGAGGGAUGAGACUGGCCUGGGAGGGGGUGGCAGCAGUGGCAGUGGAAGGGCAGGGAAGGACUCUCACUGAGGAUGAAACUUGGCUGUGAACUAUUGCCCUUUCUGUUGCUGUGGCUACUUGAGGGCUGAUUUUUCUUUUGGGUGGCAUGGGAGGACCUUGAAUUAGUAAGAGCAUCUCUGCCCACAUCAUGCACCUCCAGAUCUUCGAUGACACUACUUUUCCCCCCUUUUCCUUUGGCAGAGGAGGCUUUUCUCACCCUCCUGUCCCCUUCCAAGAUUGGUGGGAUUUGUUGGAGGAAGUUCUCUCACUCCUUUUCCUUUUCCUCUUCUCUACUUCUCUUUGUUAGGGCUCCCUAGGCUUGUGCUUUCUAUCCAAAUACUUUAUGAACCUCCAUCCAGAAGACGUAUGAAGGGCAGAGGGAGGAAGGAUCUGCCACACAACAGUUUUUGUGCCUUUGCUGCUCUGUCCCCUUCUCCCACCAUGUUAGUGCUAAAGAAUGCCCAGAGACUCUGGAGUGGUGGGCAUUCCCCAGGCCUGCCCAGAGCCAGUCAUCUGCCAGUGAGUGAGGCCAGGGGGUAUGACUGGGCUCUUUGGCAGGGCAAGUCAGGUCCUCAGGAGGGAGUGGUGAAGAAAGAUGCAGGAAGGUUGAUAUCUCAGAGAUGUGAAGGGUUCUCCACCUGUUCCUGUUUCCCCAUGGGUGUCACAGGUCAGGGGUCCCUCUCCCCAUGCCCACCCAUGCUCAGUCUGCCCUUGUGCAGUAGGUUUUGAGCUCCCUAUUCAUGCUUCCCUUCCUAUGAGGAAGGCAUCUGGAUCUCAUCUUCUGCAGCCCGCCCCAACUGACUUGCACCACAGGGGAGUGGGAGGGCAUCUCCCAUCCUCCUUGCUUGCUUGGGAGGGACAGAGCAAGAGGAUUUGAACAGCAGGAUUCCUGUUUCUUCACUCUUGAAGUUGACAGAAAACCACUAAGUGGUUUUCCCUUGAAUAAGAUACUCUGGCAUGGAUAGGGGACAGCCUAAGUUGAAGGCAGGAGCACAGAAAAUGAAAGGCAUGUGAGAAGGGGCCUUGGAGAAGCCCAAGAGGAAUGGCUCCAGAAAAAGCCCCCUUUGUGUGUGCAGCUAUACUGGGAGUACUGGGAUAGAGGAGGAUGACAGCCCCUGGAUGGCACUGGAUACUUAGAAGCCCUCAGGAGAGUUGGAACAACUUUUUGCCUCCUAAACCUUCCACCUCCUUGCACUCAGCUGCCACAGACUUUUCUUAGGGAUUUUUUGAUGUCCUGCCAAAAAACUAUUUUCCCUUGCUAGCCCCCGAUCUCUGUCUCUGGGAUAGGAAAUAUGCCACAGAGUUGGGAAUAAGCCUGCUGCUUUUUCCACUUUGUCCUGUUUCUGAGCAGCCCAGCAAAUCACAAUCUUGGCACCUUCUCCCCCGAAGUUUGCUUGUCUAGCAGGGGUUGCUGCCUGCCAGGUGGAUCUUCACUGCAGCAGAGUGGCCCUUCCCUCCAUAAGCUGCACAACCCAAUCAUCAUUGACAAUCUUUUGUCCCUGUCAGGCUGAGGGUGAGGGCCUGUGUUGUGCUAGCCUCUCCCAAGGGGCUAUUUCUUUAUGAGGAGCUACUCAGAAGCUCCAGGGUAUUUGGAGGCCCUGGGAGAGUAGGAGAUUCUGGGAGGGAUUUAUGUGCUGCCUGCAGAGAAGUUGUCAGUCAUCUGUCAGAUAGCAACAUUGCCAGCUGUGAGAACUAGUUUCUAUGAUACAGGUGACAUGGCUUCAUCUUCUGUAAGUAGGGAGCAGCAGUAGGCAGACAGAGCCUGUUCUGGGAAAACCAGAGAGAAAAUCCCCAAGGUCUAAACCUGUGAAGAGCCUUGGGUUUCCUUCCUCAUAGGAAUGCUGAUGGUAACAAUCCUAAGGCAGUCCUGGGGUCCCAUGGCCUCAGUCCUAUUCACUAGCAGUCUGCUUUCCUCCAGUCAAACAUUGUGUUGCCUUGAAUUGAGGCCAGAGGUAUUCAUGGGACUGACUCCAUUCUGUAAGAGCUGGUGCAGCCUAAGAGAAGGGGUGUGUAUGCUGUGUAUGCACACCUGUAUCUGCAGGGGGAUGAAGGAAAGUUGCAUCGCUGCUGCCAAAGCCAAAGGCCCCUCCAUGUCGGGAUACUGCAGCAAAUCAAGAUAGGUAAAUGCUGCAAGAGGUGCUUAGACACAGCAGAGAUCUGUCCAGUUACCACAUGGAGCAAGCCCAGUGGUCUUUCAGCAUGACAACCAUCCAAGCAGGAAAGGCAAAUAGUGGGGGGCAGAAUUGGACAGGAAAAGGCAGGUGACAGGCAUGGGGGGAGAAAGUCCUGUUCCUCUCCCCCCUUUCCCCUCUGUGCUUCCCUUCUGCUAUAUGGUCCCGUAAUCAGUUCCACUCAUUCUAUAGUUUUGGGUGGGAGCCUUAACCUAUAAUGGUUUCUGCUCCUUUCUCCCCUCACCCCGACAAGGCAGAAAAGAGAGGUCAGGGAUAUAUUUAUUGUCGGGCCCUUCUUUUGCCUGUGGCAGGGGUAAGGCUGGGUAGGGGGGACAAGCCAUUUCUGUUCCUACUGUAGCCCCCCACCCCAAAUCAGUGGGUGAAUUUUGCACAAGAUGGACUGUUCUGUGGGAGGAAGAAGGCAAAGGAGGAACAAAGUAUCCUGCCUUCCUUCCUCCUCCCUUUUUUCCUGUCCUGCUCCCUCCCCAGGGACAAGGGCUCACAAAAUGAUGCCAGCCCUGCUGGAGGGAAGCAGAUUUAAUGUUCUAUUUGCAUGAUGAUUUUACUGUAUUUUUCUCAGCAAACACCUGUUGUGUAUGUGCCAGUUUGUUGGAAGUUAUCCCCUUUCCCCAAAGUCUCUCCUGUCCUUGUCCCUGUUUCUUCUGCUCCCUUCCCUCAUCCCUGAUGUGAUUUUUAUGAGAGACUCUUAUCAGUUUUGGAGGGAACAUGCUCCAAAGAGAACCAAGUCGAAUCAGCCCCAUAAGAAGCACCCUUUCCCCUUUCAGGUGUUCCCCUCCUCUGGCCCCAAAUGUCCUCUUUUAGCUGUUUUUCAGGGUUGUGUGUGUGAAGGGGGAUGUGUUGUACAUCAAAGACCUGCUCUUUCUAGCGGUCAUCAUUCCUCCUAAUUAUUUAGAAACAGGAGUGAGUCUACAAGCAAGGCUAUUCUUAGAGGAACAAGGAAUGCCUCAUCUGCAGAGAAAACUCUGAUAUAGUGAAAGCUUGAUUUGGAGCCUGUUGCAAUCACUAGAAACCCCCUCCAUUGAUUACAGGGGGCUCUGAAUUAGGUCUGUCCUACGUCUCCUCCCCUGAGGGUGGACCUGGCAGAGGGCGGGGUGUGACAAAACCUGUAAGGCUUCUGUGCUGGGGAAGAGUGUAGAAAGACUGCGUCAGGUUUCUAAGCUCUCUAUGGCUUGGCUUUGGUGAGAGCCCUGCACUCCUGCCUUCUUCCAGAGCAAAGUGGAUCCAUGGGGCAGAACUAGGACUGGCUCCCUUCACAUUUUGUUUCUGGGUUGGUGAAUCUUGGCAGGGAAAGCAAUUUACUUCACUUCACUGGAAAGACAGGAGGGUGAGGAAUGAAGGUGGGUGCCAACCUGCCCUCUCCCCACAGGAACAGGCUCGGGGGAGCCUGGGCUGGACUCCUGUGCCCAGUGGAGUAAACAUUAGACCCUAGGAUUGCUGUUGCCAUGGGGCAGAGCCUUUUCCCAUCCCUGCAGAUGCCGCCCCCAUCUUGUGCUGUAGUGCCACGUUCCCCUCUUCAGUUCCCCACUCUUCCAUGCUGAAUAAAUCCCUCCUGAGACAGGUGUGAAAUAUUCAUGACUGACAAAUGAAGAUUUAUGUCAGGCUGAGGAGGGCUCUAUGUGUUUGCAAUGCUAAUCAGCCUGUCUGCCUGGAAGAGGCUCUACCAGGCGGGGGAAGGAGGAAGAGACACAGGAGGGAAAGGAUAACAGGAGCUGAAGAAGGGACAAGUGGGGCUGACACAGGAGGGAAGAGGAGGGCCCCUAAAGGGACAGCGUAAUGGGUGUAGGGAUAAGGAGGAAACAGAUGGAGGGGGCGGAGAAGAGGGACAAGCUAGAAGGAGCAGGGGGAAGAGGUGGCUGCACAGAGAGUGAUGGGAUGAUAAAGGGAGAAAGAGAAAAGGGGAGAAGGGGUUUACUGGAGGGGUGGACGCUGUCUGAGAGGAGGUGGGGAGUAGCUCAGCAGUGCCUGAAGAGAAAGCUGGGUAGACUUCAUGAUGAGCUGUGGCCCCUCUCUGUAGGGCAGAGGUCAACGCUACAGGGUGGGCAGCUGCCACACAGGCAGGAAUGAGAACAAGGGCCCUGAAAGCACAUUUGCCAUGUGUGUUGCUGAUCGGAAAGCUCAGCUGCAUCUGGAAGAGCACACAGCCUCCAAAAGCCUGGAGAACAUCCCUUCCACCACCACCUCCUUCAGCACAAGCUGCCCUGAAGAAAAGCCUCACUGAGCUACAUCCUCUUUCUGGAGCCAGACUGCUGCUGUCCCACCGUCCGAACAAGAGGAAGCAUCUUUGGGUUGGUUUGGUGUGGGAAGGACACAGAGUGCUACUCUCCACUGGGCUGUGGGGUCUCUUGUAGGGCUGGAGGAGCCUGACCCACCUCAGCUGCCCCCUCCCUACCCUCGAUAAGGCAGGUGUUUUAGGGUCUUUCCCUGAAGAAGGGGCAGAGGGGAGUGUCUGCAUUAUCUCCCCCAUACACAUACAUGCACUCCCAAACCCUGUCCCUCCAGCCACUUUGGCCUCAUACUGUGAGAGGCUCUCUUGAUCUGUCUCUUCUUUUCCUCCUCUGCUUCGUGGUAUGAGGAGCUUUUGUCAUACCUCUCCCCAUUCAUCCCUAGCAGGGUAGCUCUCUGCAGGGCAGCCCCAGCCCACCCUGUCUGCAUCACCCUCUUUCCCCAGAUGGAGAGAGGACAAUCUCUGCC